AUGUAUAAUAAUAACGUUAAACCUAAGGGGAGAUUCGGCAGAAAAAUUGAGUCUCUGCGUUUCAAUUGGACUCGCCGGAGGUAUAUAUGGCGAGCUAGCUUCUUCUACAGCUUUGUGAGCUGGGUUCUUUUAAUCGGGAUCAUUCUUACUCUACUUUUCCAUAUUUUACUUAGACAAUAUAACUUCUUUGUAAACUAUAGCUGCCCUGCUCGUAGUAUCAGGAUUAUAAACGGUUUCAUUCUUUCAAUCAUUAUAACCACUGGCAUACUUGUAAUUUUAUCUAUAUUUUUGGCUAAAAUUUGCAACAUUUUUUCAAACUAUACUAUGAGUCACUUCAUGGAGACUGGUAAUUGGCUCAAGUUUUUGGGGUGCACUGUAAAGUGGUUCCCCUGGAUUUUUGCUCUCUUCAUGUGGAUUUGGCUCGCGCUCCAGCUAAGUAGCUUAAUUUGGGUCUUUGUGAGUCCCAGGCAGUGGUGCAUAAAUCGUUUUGACGAGAUGGCUGUCAAUGCUGUCAAAAAUUGCAGACUAAUUCUCAAAAGAAUGACUCCUUGUCAAAUCACUCUCGAGAACACUUAUCCUAAGGAGAUCAGGAGUUGCAACGACCCUGAUUACUUGAUACAGAGGAAGAUGAUUCUCAUGGCUCUAAAGGACCCAUCGACUAAAUGUACUAUUGAGGACCUAUCGGUGUGUAACGCCUACCGUGACGCUAUGGAGAAGGAGGAUUUCAAAUGGGACGAAGCGGCCCUAUCUGGAUGCUACGGCGUGAUUCCCACGGAUAUGAGUGAUUUUAUCGACGAGAAGAACACCAGCGAUCUGUUCAAAUACAUUCUUCUGUCCAACAUAUCCUGGUCAAUCACGUUCGUCGUGAUCGUCUGCUUAUUCUACUUCAUUAAAAGUGUAACAAAGUUUGACGCGAUCAUUUAUCAACCCAAAGACCCAUCUGAUAACGUUGUUAUAAAAAUCGUAAGGCCGUUCACGCCAUGGACCAGAUAA